AAGUUCUAGAUGGAUGUCGCUGAUUCGCGUCGUCCUCCUAGUACCAGCGGUUCUCGGCGCUAUGCUAGUCGUCCCGUCCCAUGUGGAAGGACGACAGGCGCGAAAUAUUCAGAUUCAUGGAAAAUCUGCGAGUAACCACGGGUCUCAGGAUAUUCCCAUUGGUGAUGAUUACACGAAUGACUCGCAGCUACCGAGAUUUACCGAGUCAAUACAGAAUGUAACAGUAAGCGUGGGACGUGAUGCUCUCCUUUCUUGCGUCGUCGACAAUCUACAUAAUUUUAAGGUGGCGUGGGUUCGUGUGGAUACUCAGACCAUUCUCUCGAUCCAUCACAAUGUAAUCACCCAGAAUCCUCGCAUCUCGCUUUCGUUCAACGAUCAUCGUUCUUGGUAUCUUCACAUAAAAAAAGUUCAAGAAGUGGAUAGAGGCUGGUAUAUGUGUCAAGUGAACACAGACCCUAUGAGAAGUCGACAAGGCUACCUCCAAGUUGUAGUCCCGCCGGCAAUCAUUGCCAAAGAAACAAGCACGGACAUGGUUGUACGCGAAGCUUCGAAUGUAACAUUAACCUGCAAAGCAACCGGAUAUCCAGAGCCCUACGUUAUGUGGCGGCGUGAAGAUGGAGAAAAUAUCAAUUAUAAUGGAGAAAGCGUGAGUGUCGUAGAUGGCGAAGUAUUACACAUUGUCAAAAUUAGUCGACUACAUAUGGGUGCUUAUUUGUGCAUUGCUUCGAAUGGAGUCCCACCAUCAGUUAGUAGACGUGUCUCUCUACGUGUUCAAUUUCCUCCAAUGUUAUCGAUACCAAACCAAUUGGAAGGAGCUUACAUUGGGCAAGAUGUCACGUUGGAGUGUCACACCGAAGCUUACCCAGACUCAAUAAACUAUUGGACAACCGAUCACGGGGACAUGAUUGUUUCUGGAGACAAGUACGAAGCCAUUUCUACAAAAAGUGAUUACAAUCAAUACAUGUUACUCAAGAUCAGAAAUGUCGGACCCAGAGACUUCGGUUCGUACAAAUGUGUCGCACAAAAUUCUUUAGGAGGAACGGAUGGAGUCAUCAAAUUAGAUGAAAUACCAGCACCUUCCACUACGACGACGCAAGUGUCACUUUUUGCCACGGCGUCUUCAAAACAGAAUGGGAGGAACGGUAAUAAGAAAUCACGACAGAGGCCAAUCGACUAUGAGGUUGAGGAAUGGCGAGAUUCAGAUUACAAUAGGGAUUACGGAUUAGGCUCGAUGAGGCCUCCGGGUGAGCCGUCAAACGCGUUGAGUCAAGGCGCCGCUUCCACUCCUGAGGUAUAUCUCUCGCUCUUCCUCGCCCUCUUAUCCUGUGCACUACUUCCGGCCUUCAGGAGGUGA